AUGGCAGUGUAUGCACAACACAUUCUAUCCACCGGAUGGAGCUUCAAAGACAGCCAUGACCAGUCUCCCGAAGCCUGGUUACCCGUGUCUACCGUUCCCUCUGUGGUGCAGCAGGACUUGCAGGCAAACAGCAAGUUGGAAGACCCUUUCGUUGGAUUUAAUGAAUUGAGCGCAAGAUGGGUUAAUGAGAAGUCGUGGACUUACCGGAAUGUUUUCCAAAAGCCAACUGCUCCUGCCGGAUCAUCAAUCAUCUUGGCUUUUGAUGGUCUAGACACGUUUGCCAAAGUCAAAAUUGACGGCCAUGUCAUUUUGGAGAGCGACAACAUGUUCAUUGCCAACCGCGUGGAUAUCAGCAAAGCAAUAGAAGCGGAAGGUGAGCAUACACUUGAGAUUGACUUUGAUUGUGCAUUGCUCCGUGCUCGGGAGCGGCGAAAGCAGCAUCCGGAUCAUAAAUGGGUCGGUUUCAAUGGAGAUCCUGCGAGAUUAAGUGUCAGGAAAGCACAGUAUCAUUGGGGCUGGGACUGGGGCCCAUUUCUGAUGACGGCAGGUAUCUGGAAAGAAGUGCGACUUGAAGUAUAUUCUGCAAGGGUAUCCGAUCUCUGGACAGAAGUGGAGCUAGCCAAGGAUCAUGCGAAGGCGCAUAUUGCAGCCUUUGCAGAGAUUGAAGCCGGCAGCUCGGGCGCUUCAUACCAAGCUACUUUUACGCUUAGACUCCAAGGACAAGAUAUUGCAAAGGAGGUGGUAUCUCCAGAGAACAACGUUGCCAAAACGACUUUCGAAGUACAAAAUCCUUCUCUUUGGUGGCCGAAUGGGUAUGGAAACCAGACUUUAUAUGAAAUAUCUGUCUCUCUAGAGAAGGAACAAGACCAGCUCCACCAGGUUUCAAAAAAGUUCGGCAUUCGAACUGCAGAAGUAAUCCAGCAGCCAGAUAAGCAUGGCAAAUCUUUCUUUUUUCGCAUAAAUGGCGUGGAUAUUUUCUGCGGUGGUUCCUGCUGGAUUCCGGCCGAUAGCCUUUUGACCAACAUCACUCCAGAUCGAUACCGAAAAUGGAUUGAGUUGAUGGCUGUUGGUCAUCAAGUGAUGAUUCGUGUUUGGGGCGGUGGUAUAUACGAAGACGAGAGCUUCUACCAAGCUUGUGACGAGGUCGGUGUGAUGGUGUGGCAGGACUUCAUGUUCGGCUGCGGUAACUAUCCCACGUGGCCUGAGAUACUUGAAUCGAUUGAGAAAGAAGCCGAAUACAACCUGAAGAGACUACGCCACCAUCCAUCCAUUGUCAUUUGGGUUGGCAACAACGAAGAUUACCAGGUACAAGAACAGCAAGGGCUCACCUACAAUUACGAAGACAAGGAUCCACAGAGCUGGCUCAAAACAGACUUCCCGGCUCGCUAUAUCUACGAGCAUAUUUUGCCGAACGUUGUCAAGAAAAUAAUUCCAUCAACGUAUUAUCAUCCGGGCAGCCCUUGGGGCGAUGGCAAAACCACUUCUGAUCCAACAGUUGGCGACAUGCACCAGUGGAAUGUUUGGCACGGAACACAAGAGAAAUAUCAAAUUUUUGAUACUCUCGGAGGGCGCUUCAAUAGCGAAUUCGGAAUGGAGGCAUUCCCUCACAUGUCCACUAUCAACCAAUUUGUUGAGAAUGAAGCCGAUAAAUACCCCCAGUCACACGUGCUGGACUUCCACAACAAGGCAGACGGCCAUGAGCGAAGAAUCGCUACUUACCUUGUCGAAAACUUGCGGACGGCAACAGAUCUAGAGACCUACGUCUACCUUACUCAAGUCAUCCAAGCAGAAACGAUGAUGUUUGGAUACCGAGGAUGGCGCCGGCAGUGGGGGGAUGAAAGACAUUGUGGAGGUGCUCUACUUUGGCAGUUGAACGACUGCUGGCCCACGAUCUCCUGGGCCAUCGUGGACUACUUCCUGCGCCCCAAGCCCGCGUUCUACGCGGUGGGCCGUGUGUUGAAGCCAGUGGCCAUUGGUGUACGCCGAGAACACUACGACUGGAGUGUAUCUCACGCGCAGCCGCCAAAAACUGGCAAGUACGAGCUCUGGGCUGUGAGUAGUUUGCCGAAAGAACUGGUCGGAAAGGUGGAGUUGAGGUUCAUCUCGAUCAAGACGGGACUUGAACUCCGCGAGGCAAUCGUUCGUGAUAAUGUUGGACUUGUUCCCAAUGGAACCACUAACAUAUUGGACGGCGUAAUCGACUACGUGGCCGACGAGCCGCAUGUUCUCGCCGCCAGAGUGUGGGUUGAUGGCGAGCUUGUUGCACGAGAUGUUGAUUGGCCCCAACCAUUCAAGUAUCUUGACCUCUCCGAUCGCGGACUAGAAAUUACCAGGAUUUCUAAGACCGAUGACGAACAGAGACUUGAACUGAGCGCCAGAAAGCCGGUGAAAUGUUUGGUCUUUGAGGAGCGGGACAAUGUCCGGGUUAGCGACAGCGCUAUCGACAUCGUCCCUGGCGACGACCAGGUGGUUACCAUCAAGGGUCUGAAGCCGGGAGAUACGCCACUCAAGUAUAAAUUCCUUGGACAGUAG